AUGUGUGAAAUAAUGGGUGAUGUUGUAGUGUUGCAAUUUCAAUAUAGGGGUAUUGAUGUUUCUGUGAAUGUUGAGGAUGUUGAUAAGAAUGCAUUGAAGGAUAGUGGAAGAGGAGAUGAAUGGUGUAUCAUCUCAGAUAGGCAAAAGGGUAUACAAGCUGUACUAACUGAAUUAUGGCCUAAAUCUGGUAGAAGAUAUUGCUGCAAACAUCUUGUCAAGAACUUCAAGGGGGAAUUCCCAGGAUUACUCAUGUUCUUACUCUUUUGGAAGGCAGCUAGGGCUUAUAACCCUUUUACUUUCAGAAAAGCAAUGGAAGCUCUCCAGAAGGCUAAUCCCUUGGCAUUAGUUUUGUUGUCAAAAGUGGGACCCCAAUCAACAUGGUCAAAACAUGCUUUCAACCCUAACAUAAAGUGUGAUGUGAAUAAGUCAAAUUUUGUAGAGAGCUUUAAUGCUACUCUAGCUAGGAAUCAACAUAUGCAGACCUGGAUCAGAAGACUGACUAUGGUCAGACUGGCCACUAGAUGGGAGCAGUGUGAGAGUUGGAAUGAUGAUAUUUGUCCAAAUAUCAUUAGAAGAUUGCAAGUGCUUAGUCAUGAGUCUAGGACUUGUAGGUGUUUGAAGGCUGGAGAUGGAGAGUAUGAAGUGUUAGAUGGUAAAUCAGUGUUACCUGUCAACUUAAAUGACAAAACUUGUGCAUGUAAUGUGUGGCAGCUGUCUGGAUUGCCAUGUAAGCAUGCUAUGAGGGCUAUUAUACAUGCACAUGAGGAUCCUAAGAAGUAUGUGAGUGAAUGGUACUCCUUGAGAAGGUACAAGCUCACAUAUGGCAACACAAUCAAAUCCAUCCCAGAUGUUGAACAAUGGCCUGACAACACCUACCCAGAAAUAGCCCCACCCAAUAUGAAAAGAGGUAUUGGUAGGCCUGCAAGAAAUAGAAGAAGGGAAGAAGGUGAGCAGGCCAAGGGUAAAAGGUCCAAGACUGUUAAGUGCAGCAAGUGCCAGAACUAUGGGCAUAACUCUCAGACAUGCCAAGGAGGGCUCACUGGGAAAGAAAAAGCAUCCGAGGCAGCAACUGAAGGGAAGAAGAACAAGAAACAGGGACCCAAACCAAAUCCAAAGGGGAUCUCUCUGUCCCAACCUGAUCCAACAACAGAUGCGUCAUCAUCCCAGCCUAUAAGAAGUUCACCAAGAACAAGGAAGGGUGUCUCUGCCUCUCAGCCUGCUUAG